AUGGGAGCGGCGCCCGCCUGGAUGCUGCCGGCCGCUCCCGCGUCCCAAGCCGCGGGCAACGGCGACCGCUGGAGGAAGAUGGCCUGCCUUCACGAGCAGGCCGAAGCAGCCAAAGGUGGCGCUCUUAAGGCCCUCGUCGCGAUCCUGGCUCGCUGGGCCCUCGGCGGCGCCGCCGAGCUUGGCGAGCUGCGUGUCGUGGUUGUCGUGCCAUUCUUGGCGCCGUCCGAGGCGCCUGUGAUCAUCGCCGCCGCGGCGGCUGCCAAAGCGUACCACGAGGAGGCCAAGUGCCGCAAGAGCGAGCAUAACGACGCGCCCAUGGGUCCGCCGUUCGCGCGGGUGUGGAUGGCCAUGAUUCGCGCCGUCGGUCACUCCGCUGAGUGCCCCGAGGCAGCCGAGGGUUCUCUCGGCAACUCCUGGGCCGACUUCAUCAUGAAUAGCGAGAUCGAGACCGUGGCGAACAGCGUCAGGGCGUGCCGCGUCAGGCCUACACGCAAACAGGAUGGCAAGCAGUCGAUGCAUCGAGUGGCCUUCGCGGUGGGCUCGUCUCGCGGGCACCUGGGGGCGGCGCUCACUAGCUAUUUCAUCAUGGUCAAGGAUGUUCGCAAGCACGGGGCGGCCCCGAAGGGGGCGCUCGAGCGCGACGCUCAAAAACUAUUGGACAAGCUGGAGGGCAAUAACUGA